CCUGCAUCCAAAUAUUCAUAUUUUGUUGAAUUUUAAGGUCAUAUGAAAUGGAUGAAUCAAGAGUAGAAAUGGAAGAAGCAACUGAAAUACAAAAUUAUUUAGCUUCGUUCCAUAAAGAAAUUGAAGGUGAAGACCUUGAAGAUUCAGAAUCAGAAAAUGAGUUGGAAGAGCACUUGUCAGAUGAAGAUUGCUCAAAUACUAAUUUGUUUGAAUAUAAUGCAGGAUAUGAGAUUGAUAAAUCACCUCGAAAGCGAGCUGAAAUAGUUCGACUUGGUUCUAAUCCAACAAUUAUCAAAGCUUCUUCCACUAAUUUAUCAGACAUGUCAAAUGAAAAAGCUGAAAUUCCUGCAAUUGGUGAAGAACUCCAUAUUGAUGACAAAAGAGCAUUAGAAAUGGUUGCUCAGUUUGCCGAGCAAGCAGUUGCUCAAGCUUCACAAGAUUCGGCCUUGGGUCCUCUGGGUAAAGCUGGAGCCUAUCAAACAGUUACCAUUGUUCCAUCUGACACAAAUCCUGGAGAGUUAAGCUAUGUUGUGUUUGUCUCUGAACCAAGUGAAUUAUCUGAUAAACAUGAUCUAAACAUGAAUAUGUCUCUAUAUGAUAUGAAUGACAGCGAUCCUUUCAAUGAAACAUACUUAACUGAGCAAGUUGCCUCCAAUGGAAUCAAAAUGCGAACUAUAAGGUUGUCAGCUAAAAGAACUCAAUUAGUUACUCAACAACAUGUAUGCAGUUAUUGUAGUUAUACGAGUCCUAAACGGUAUCUCCUGUCAAGGCACAUGAAAUCACAUUCUGAAGAACGUCCACAUAAAUGUGGUGUUUGUGAAAGAGGUUUCAAAACUUUAGCAUCUCUGCAAAAUCAUGUUAAUACUCACACUGGCACCAGGCCACAUCCCUGCAAGGAAUGCAACUCUUGUUUCACCACUUCCGGAGAGCUGGUACGACACAUAAGGUACAAACAUACUCAUGAAAAGCCUCAUAAAUGUACAGAAUGUGACUAUGCAAGCGUAGAACUUAGUAAGUUAAAGAGGCACAUGCGCUGUCAUACUGGAGAAAGACCUUAUCAGUGUCCACACUGCACUUACGCUAGUCCAGAUACUUAUAAAUUAAAGCGGCAUUUGAGGAUACAUACAGGAGAGAAACCAUAUGAGUGUGAUAUCUGCCAGACUAGGUUUACUCAGUCGAAUAGUUUGAAAGCUCACAAACACAUUCAUUCUGGAAACAAACCUGUAUUUCAUUGUGAAUACUGUCCAGCAACCUGUGGUCGUAAAACAGAUUUGCGCAUCCACAUGGAGAAGCUACAUUCUAGUGAUAAUCCUCACCGGUGCAAAAGAUGUGGUAAAGUUUUUCUUGACCGCUACAGUUAUAAGAUUCAUGUAAGAAGCCAUGAUGGAGAAAAAUGCUUCAAGUGUGAUUUGUGCAACUAUGCAUCUGUUUCACAACGUCAUUUGGAAACCCAUAUGCUUGUUCAUACAGAUCAGAAACCAUUUCAGUGUGAUGAAUGUGAGCAGAGUUUUAGACAAAAGCAACUGCUAAAGAGGCAUAAAAAUGUAUAUCAUAAUCCAGAUUAUGUUCGUCCAGAGCCGAAAGAAAAGACUCAUACGUGUGGUUUGUGUCCAAAAGCUUUUCGCCACAAGGGAAAUUUGUUACGCCAUUAUGCAAUUCAUGACCCUGAUGCCACAGCUUCAGAGAGAGAAGUUGCUUUGCGAUUGGGUCAGCCUAAAUUACCUGGCGAACUUGAAGAUGGAGAAGAAAAUGAAGACUAUGAUUUUGACAAAGACAAUAUGAAUAUUGAUGAUGAUAAUCAACAGGUUGUUGUGUUUGAGGUAAUACAGCUUCCUCCUAAUGGUGCUUCUUCCAAUCAAAGUGUGACUACUAUCGAUGGCCACACACUUAUGCUAAAUGGUGGAGAGCCUCAAGAAUACUCAAUCAUCGAACCAGCAGAUGAAACAUCUGCCGAUUUCCUCGAUUUUCCUGAUUCUGUAUCCGAUUCAGAUGAUGUGGAAAGUCUUUCUUCACUGUCUACAUUUAAAUCAAAUGUGAAGCUGGGAGGAACCUCACCUAAGAAAAGAAAUAGUUCUUUUAAUAAAAGUGUAGUUAAACUGCAAAGUCUCAAAAACAAUUCCAGAAAUAAUAAUCAGAAAUUCAAGCAGUCUAUUCCUCAGAAGCCAUCACUUACUUUGAAAGGUAUUGCUGAAAAAGAAAAAAGUUGUGAUACUCAGUCACAGUUGAAUUUUGUUGAAGGACUUCAAAAAGAAAAAGAUUUACACACUUCCAGAGGGUUACAAGCAGAGAAAGAUUUUGAAGAAUGCUUUGGAUUUGACGUGAAAGAUGAAGAUCUUAUGCAAGAAUCUGAAAGCACUGGUUAUCAAGUAUUUCAAAACAGUGCCGAAGAAAUAUCUUGACAAAACUCUUGCUCUAAAAUAAAGCAUGUCUUAUUAUAAAUACGUGUUUAGAACUGUUUCUCCAAACUUUCAGUCAUGAUUAUUUACUCGAAGGAAUCUAAUUUAUUUAAAUAUUACCAUUUUAAUUUUUAUUCAAUAACAUUUAUCUAAAUAAUAAUCUUAAUAUUGCUUAGCUAAAAUUUUCAUAAUUAUUUCAUUAUUGUGUGACUUUGUGAACACAAUAAUAAAAUAAUUAUAAAAUUGCAGUGAGUUUUUACUUAUAAAAUUACAAAAAUAUUCAAAUAUUCAAUAGAAACAGCAUGCAUUUUAAUAUUCCUUUUCAACAACUUCUGCUCUACUAUUUCAAAUUUGUUAAUUAGUUAAUAUCAAAUUUGCGUGCUCUCUAUCAGUUUUAACCUUUCAGUUAACUGUUGUGUUCAAAAAACAGCUUGAUUCCCUUUAUUUUUUUCUCUUCUGUGUAUGUUUCAUGAAUGAUUUAUGAAUUUCCACAAACACUUAUGUACUUUAAAUAUUCUAAUGUGCACUGCCCAACAAAGAAAAUACAGUAAAAUCCUGAUUAGCCAUGGUCAGUUUAUCCGCAGCCUCUCACACUUUCAAAACAAUUUUUUUUUUUUGGGAGAUGGUUAACUUAAUGUAGAUAAAUGCACUCAUUAUGACUGAACAAGUGCGAUGUUUAUUUUUAGACUUAUUUAUUUCUGUCCUCCAACUCCGUUCCAAUGAUAUCUACCCUUUAAUGGUCACAGAAACCCGACUAUUUGAAACCUAAUUUGUAGAUCUACACAACUUAGUGCUUUAGAUCUACAUUAGAUCCUGAUUCUUAGAUCUACCCAACCAACUGAUUUUUAGAUCUACAUUACUCACGUGUAAAAAUGAGUGACCGGACCAGUAUUUAAAAAAUCUUCUCUCCUCUCCUGUGCGUUUUUGUAUCCUAGCUUAUGAAAUGUAUUAUAUAGUUGAAAUUAUCUGCUUGCACUAUUUGCUUGCUUAUUUUGUGUAAUCUGUUUGGAAAAAUGAGGAUCCUUUAGCUUUUGCUUGCAUGUUUUACAUACAGUGUAAUCAUUUCAACUAUUGUUUAAAUGUAUGCAAGUGUUACUGACCCUUUUAAGUUUUUUUUAAAGCUACUAAGAACUAGCAUCGUUUUUACCUAAUUUACAGAUUAUGCGUGAAUUUGCUUAUGCACGGUUCCUGUGCCAUGCUAUUCUGAGGAUAAUCAGGAAUUUACUACAUCACAAAAGAGUGAGUGGAAUGCUGUGAUUUAUAGAAAGGGCAUGCAUAUAUAAAUUAAUGCUGUUAUUCAAAAGAAAAAAAAAUUUGGUGACUGUGAUGAAAUAUGUUGAGUAAUAAGUAAAAAGUUUUACCUCCUGCAGCAGUACAAGCAACAAACCUAGAAGAUACACUUGGCACCCUAGGUACCCCUGCUCGUUUUCAAUUUUACUCGGUUUUAUAGGGUUUAAAUGCGGUAGCAAGUGGGUCACCGAGACCUCCACAUUUCCGGUACUGUAACGAGGGGGAGAGAUAGCCGCCAUUACCCUUCAUCCAGGGUAACUGCUAAUCUGACGAAUUCACAAUUCUGUUUUUUUUUUUUUUUUUCAAUGUCUACUAUUGAAUGGAAGUUUGCGUGUUUAGUUACUUAAGUUCCUGUGGUAACUGCAUAACUUAAGCAGCUACCCCAUUCCCCAAGAUUUGCAAAAAUGUGCAUAUUAACACAAUAACAAAUGUUUUAUGAAAAAUUAGCAAAGCCUAUGUUCAAAUAGCAGCAAACAGGUGGUUUCAAAUGCAGGGAGCUAGAAGAGUUGCGAGCAAGCGAGUACCAAUAAACAAAAAGGUAAAAUUCUUUCUUACCUUCAAUCAAAUGUUACAAAAUAAAAAAACUGUGCCAUAAUUGUAUUGUCUUAAGUGGCCAUUACUUGGGAUGAAAUUUUUGUAAGGAAGGUUUCAAUACUUCCCUUAGAUCCCGUUUGGCUACACAUCUGUUCGGUCUCCGUUUGUGAAUGCAACAUUAUUUAGGGGUUAUACCCAUAAAAGUCAGUUUUUUACCCUUAAAUCUAUGCUAUUAUUAUGUGACCAACUUGUACUUAGGUUCAUCUACCUAACUUGAGCAGAAACCACAUUUCCCAAAGUAUGCAUAGCUAUACCACCAAAUAUUUAUUUUGUUUCAAGUUCUAUGUUGGCAGUGUGUAAAUAUGUAAUUAAAGAAAGCAAUUUGUUACACAUUUUAGUUUAUGUUUUGAUUAAAACUCAAAAAUACUCAAUUUAUAACUGUGCUUAAUGUUAUGUAUUAAGUUAUGUAAUAUAUGUUAUUUUGCUAUUGUAAAUAUUUUUUUUUUGUUUUCUGUAAUAAAUUAUCAGCUGAAUGGUUUUAAUAUUUUCUAGAAUAAAUGUAUUAUCAG